CUGUCACUAUGUAGGAGUAUAAAUAUCGAGUUACUCAGUGCAGAUAUCAGUCAAAGUUUGUAUCUCAACGUUUAACAAUGUUCACAAAACUCGCCCUUGUUAGCUGCGUCGUUGUUGUGUGCUAUGCCCAACAUGGUGGCUACGGCCAUGGUGCCUCAUCCUAUGUCUCCUCUAACCAGGGACAUGACGGUGGAGUCCCGAUCGCCGCCGGCCACGGAUACGGCGGCCACCAUGAACAUGCGGUUGAUUACUACGCGCAUCCGAAAUACGAAUUCAACUAUGGAGUCGCCGAUGGUCACACUGGCGACCAUAAAAGUCAACACGAAGUACGCGAUGGUGAUGCCGUUCAUGGCGAAUAUUCCCUACACGAAGCUGACGGAACCAUUCGUACCGUUAAGUACACGGCCGAUCACAAGAACGGUUUCAAUGCCGAAGUUAUCCGAUCUGGACAUGCCGUCCAUCCGGAAGUGCACGCGGCCCACGGACACCAUGGCCAUUAUUAG